AUGGAAAGGGCGUGUGCCGCAUUGUUCUGCUGCAAAGUCUUCAACGUUGCCUUCAGAGUCCUGUGUAACAUCCUUGCUUACCUUCCUGAUCCCUCCAUCGAAGAUGGUAGUCGCAUCCCAAGGUUUGCGGUUGGGAACUGUGAGAAAAUCAAUGUGUCACAGUUCCCAUCAGGUGCGAAAAUCAACUUGUCACAGUUCCCAUCAGGUGAGAAAAUCAACUUGUCACAGUUCCCAUCAGGUGAGAAAAUCAAUGUGUCACAGUUCCCAUCAGGUGAGAAAAUCAACUUGUCACAGUUCCCAUCAGGUGAGAAAAUCAAUGUGUCACAGUUCCCAUCAGGUGAGAAAAUCAAUGUGUCACAGUUCCCAUCGGGUGAGAAAAUCAACUUGUCACAGUUCCCAUCAGGUGAGAAAAUCAAUGUGUCACAGUUCCCAUCAGGUGAGAAAAUCAAUGUGCCACAGUUCCCAUCAGGUGAGAAAAUCAACUUGUCACAGUUCCCAUCAGGUGAGAAAAUCAACUUGUCACAGUUCCCAUCAGGUGAGAAAAUCAAUGUGUCACAGUUCCCAUCAGGUGAGAAAAUCAACUUGUCACAGUUCCCAUCAGGUGAGAAAAUCAAUGUGUCACAGUUCCCAUCAGGUGAGAAGAUCAAUGUGUCACAGUUCCCAUCAGGUGAGAAAAUCAAUGUGUCACAGUUCCCAUCAGGUGAGAAAAUCAAUAUGUCACAGUUCCCAUCAGGUGAGAAAACCAACUUGUCACAGUUCCCAUCAGGUGAGAAAAUCAAUGUGUCACAGUUCCCAUCAGGUGAGAAAAUCAAUGUGCCACAGUUCCCAUCAGGUGAGAAAAUCAACUUGUCACAGUUCCCAUCAGGUACAAAUGUUACUGAGAACUGCGGAACUCUGAACUAG